GACGGGCAAGCGCCGCCCCUUCGCCGCCGGGCGGAGGGAACGGGCGCUCCCGUGCGGCUGAAUGGCUUUCGCUCGCCAGCGUCUUCUCCGCUCCAUGGCUGCCUCAGCGGCUCCGUGAAGGGGGAGGCGACGCGUCAGCCCCUCCCGCCCGUCCCGCAGGGCCCUGCGUGGCGGGAAACGGCAGGAAUACUAGAAUGGCCAGUAAGAAGGAACCCCCUUUCUUCAAUGAGGAUAAUGUUGGAUCAUGUCAUUGCAAACUUACUUUCUAUGAGACCAUGGAGCUCUUCAUUGAAACUCUUACAGGAACAUGCUUUGAAUUGCGAGUGUCUCCUUUUGAAACAGUUAUUUCUGUGAAAGCUAAAAUCCAGAGGCUGGAAGGUAUCCCUGUAUCUCAGCAGCAUUUAAUCUGGAAUAAUGUGGAGCUGGAAGAUGACUAUUCUUUGAAUGAUUACCACAUUUCAGAAGGAUGUACUUUGAAGCUGAUCUUAGCAAUGCGUGGUGGACCUAUUAAUACAAAAAGAGUUCCGUUGGAAGAUCCAAUUAAGGAAAUAGCAGAAUACAUGGGUCCCUGUCGAGAUGAUGUCUGGGAAAAGGUUCCAUCCAGUAAACAUGUUACAUUCUUGGUAUACCAGGAAGGAGACCAGUUGAAUUUUUUUCGGGUUGUGGACAGGGGAGAUGGAACUUUAACGCCAUUAUCUGAAUCUUUAAAUGGUGGUUCAGUUUAUAAUUUGUAUGAUGAUGAAGAUACAGAAAUAUCUCCUUCUGGGCAACAGAUUAUUGAGAACUCCAUUACAAUGAAUAAAAUGAAGCUGCUCAAGGCAAAGAUGGAAAACAUGAACCUUAAUAAAAAGCCUAAGAUCAAAAUGAAUCCCCAUCCUCCAGUGGUUCUUCAUCCGUCUAGUGGCUCGCUUGCAGCUGUUCGUCAUAAUUUUCUACGAGCACUUCCUCAUAUUGGGCAAUCCUGUCUGCCUCCUGAAAAUUUACAUAAGUCAGGAAUAUCUCAGAAUGCCUUUUCAGCCUUAGCACAUACUGGUAAAAAAGUUAGUAGAAACUUUCUUAAAGAAAAUGACAAAUGGGAGAGUAUUUCACCAUCUCAGUCAAUUAACAGCUCGACACUGCCUUCAAAAGUAUCAUGUGUGGACAAGGGAGAGGCAAAACUUUCUGAAAACCAUGUGGUUCCUCAAGUGACAACUGCACUUGCAAAUUUGGAAAAAAAUGCAGAAAAUGGUACAUCGUCCAAUGAAAGAUGUCCUUUCUUGUAUCCAGAUCUCACAAAUGUAAAUCUGUAUACUGCAGAAAAAAAUGUUCUACCAAACAAAGAGACGCUUGCCUCGGUAUCAGAAGAAACUUGUAAUGACUCACAUAGCAAAAUAUCUGGAACAGAAGAAGGAAAUACCACACUUCAGUUACCGCAGGAGCAUCAAAACAAAUCCAUUACAAAAACUUUUGCAACAGCAGAAAAUAGUAUUUUUAACUCUCAUGAGUUUAAUCUUAAGAAAACACGCCUGUCACCUCUUCAUUGUUCAUCACAGAUGGCGCAUUACAGUCCUCAGAAAUCUCAAGCUCACUCCAAAUAUUUUGAAGAAGCUGGCUUGAGGCCUACUAUUUCUCCAAACAUUCUGCAGUCAUUGGAGGUGAACAGUUUAACAGAUUCCUCUUACUCAAGAACAUCUAGAUUUCAUGGCAUUGGUUUAGAUUUACCUAGCAAAAGGACUGAUACCCAUUCUAAAGUGGAGACAAGGGAUAUCACAGAAGUAGCAAUUAAGGCUUCCAAAGACCCUGUUUCUGUAAAUAACAUAAGUUUGUUAAGUUCAUUUACCCGAAGCACAAAUAGAGAUGGCUUACAGAAUUCUUGUGGCACAAACAGGUUUCGGACUUCUGGUAUUUCAUUAACUACCAACUUUCAACAUUUUCAAGAAGAAAGUUUUAGAACGGCUUCUCCUCACAAUGACAUGCCUGGAUAUUUUUUAGCAAACUGUUCAAAUGAACCUAAGAAGACCAGUUAAGGAGGAAGUGGCAAUCCAAGGUAAGUAAGGAGAUGGUUAGGGAACAUCUAAGAAACUCAAGACUUCAGUACCAGAUCCAUUACAUCUGAGAAUUUCUGAAGAUUCUUUUAUGAGAACCUUUCAUAUCUUUGAGAAAUCAUAGCAGUUGAGUAUAGUGCCAGAGAACUGAAGAUACUCAAAUAUUAUACCUCUCUUCCAAGAAAAAGAAAAAAGAGAACCUGGAUAACUGCAGCUCAUAGUGGACAAAACUCUGGAAGAGAUUGAGUUUGUGAAAAUAAUAUAUUGCUUGGCAGAAACUAGCAUGAUUAUAAAUAACAAAUAAACAAAUAACAAAUCAUGCCAAACCAACCUGAUAUUCUUUUUUGAUAGAAUUACUAAUAAAAUUUGACUUUAUGAAAGCAUUUGACAGUCUCACAUGAAAUUCUAGUAGAGAAGGUAUGGGUUGUAUUAUGCAGCCAUUAGAUAAAUAGAGAACUAAUUGAAUAAUCAUAUCCAUGGGGCUGAGAUCAAGUAGCUUUUCAAAGUACAUACACGAUGGUUCUUAAAAAGGUGGUUGGGGUGCAACUCCAGAGGGGGCUUGGAAGAAAUGGAUUAUAAAAAUUAUUUUCAGUCUAAACAUUAAGAUAGUAUUGAUCAUGCUUGCCCUAGUACAGUCAGAAUGGGGUGGUGGUGUGACUGUCCUGAUUCUUGAUCUUAACUGCUUUCAGCACUAUUAAUCCUCCUGAACUGGCUAUGGCCGUGGUGGCGAAUCUAUGGCACGCGUGCCACAGGCGGCACACGGAGCCGUCUCUGGUGGCACACGAGCCAUUGCUGGGCCGAGCUGCUCCCUUCUCCGCGCAUGCACAGUUUGGGAAUAGGCGAGAGGCUAUAAAAGGAGCAACGUUCUGCGGAAGCAGCAUUUGCUGCAGAUAGCUAGAGAGCAAGCAUGAGUCGGACUGGACAGCAAACGAAUGAGUGAGCACAAGCCGACAGCUUGGUGGCCACGGCCACCCGAUAGCCAUGCCCACCCGGCACCCGACGAUGCAAAAGUGGGUUUUGGGUUGUAGUUUGGGCUCUCGGUCUCUAAAAGGUUCGCCACCACUGGGCUAUGGGGUUUGAGAAUGGGAGGCGCAAUGUAACAGUAGAUCUCUUUUGGCAGAUUCCUGUCAAUUCUAGGGGAGGAGAAAUUGAGCCCAAGAGUUGUGAUUAUCCUUGUGAUAAUUUGAUUGAGGGGUUUCAGGUCUAUGCAGAACCGCAACAGGGACCAUGCAUCACCUUGGUAUAUGCCAUACUUGUUAUGCAAGUUGUCUUGAGUUGAUUUUUACUGUUGUCUUUCACAGUCUCAUUGAGAUCUUGAGGAAGGUCCUUCGUGUCCUGUUGACUUUGUAUAGUGCAACAAUAUUAAAGGCAAUCUAAUAUUAACCCUUUUUUCUAGGAACCUAUCUUUUUUUUUAAAAAGGUACCACUUGAAAUUUAUUUUGAGCAACAAUAAAAAUUUAUACAAACUAUUAUGAAAGCAAAUAUGUUAUUUAUUUGUUUGUUAAAUUUAUAGGCCACCAAUCUCACAGUUUGAGGCAGCUCUGGAUUAGUCUUACAGAAUGGUCCCUUUAGUUUUGUACACGGACCUACCAAAGUCCUAGGUAGCAUGUAUUCACCUGAUUACGGUAUUUGAAAAAUUUGGUGAGCAAAGUUAAAGAGCUUUCUUUGUGGAGUCCUUAUCUUAUAGAAUUUAGCUUAGUGUAGGGUUUACAAACUAGAUUUGUACUAUUUAAUAAUACUAAUUAGAUUAAUAAUAAUUUAGAAACCAGGCAAAUGAAUUCCUAGAAUGGAAGCUGGCUAGAUCAGCGGUUCUCAACCUAUAGGUCGCGACCCCAUUUGGGGUCGAACGACCAUUUCAUGGGAGUCGCCAAACAAGGCUGUCCGCCAUUUUUUUCUCCUUUUCCUUAGCUGUGCUA